AUGCAUUGUGGAAACUCUAGAGAAGAUGGACACAAUAUAUUGAAGUGUCCAAAAGAUGGAGGGCAAGCUAAUAGGCCAAAGAAGAAAUCUAAGGAAAUACAAGAUGGUGGAACCCAAAAUGGAUAUGAUGGUGAAUCAAGUCAACCUAUGAGCCAAAGCCAACCAAUGAGUGAAAGCCAAAAUCCUUUUUUUGGAAGAAUUCCCGAUGAUGAAACAGAAGAUCGUCAAGCUUGGUGUAGGUUUAGGAAGGUCCAAGACAAGUUUGUUUUUAUUCGAUUUUAG